AUGCAUUACGCUCAGUACUACGAGCUGCAACCACAGCUGCCACGGAUCCGGCUGGAGAGAGAUGUACCGUGGACAUGGAAACUGCUGGCGACAGCCUCGUCAGGGUUGCUGUUGAUAGGGCUACUAUUAUUCCCGCUGGCCGUGGACGGCGGGGCAAGCCAACAUACCAACCAAACGACGGUGACGAUCAUCGCUUCCGCGUUGGCAGGAACAGCGUAUGCCUCGUCGGUGGCUAUUUUGUUUUUUCAAAGCCAGAGUCCGAAAUAUCUCCUCCAUUCAGUAUUCAUCCCCUUCCUCCUCUCCAAUCUGAUCGGCCUGUUCAAUCUCGUGGUGACUCUUGCCUGUCGGAAUCUCUUCCCCCUGACCCGCCUGGGCGUCCUGGUCAUCGCCCUUUGCGGCACGUUCGCGCUGUUCUACGCCAGCGCGGCGGCGCUGGUCUCCGUCAACUCCGGGUUCUGCUUUGGUCCCCGCAUAGGACAGGCAGGAGAGGACAGAACAUACCUCCUCAGUGACGAGGAAAUGCAACGGCGGCAGCUGCUAAAGUUACUCCAGGAGAGAGGAGGCGUGGACGUGGCGCCCAGCCCGGAGGUUGUACACGAUACCUUUCACAUUGAAAUCCCGCGGGGUAGUGCUAGCUACUGA